AUAAAUUCAAUGGUAUUUCCAAAUGGUCACAUACGCACGCUGACGACUAUCGACGAACCGAUAGCAUACACACCACGGCGAUUAAUCAAUAGUGCAAUGUUUACAAAAUAAUUCAGGUUGAUGUUGCUCUGAAGGCGCGUUUAACUAGUUUUAAUCAUGUCUAGUCGUAGCUUUAGUGCAAUAGUCCUGUUCCUUGGGGCGUUGGUGGCCGCCUGCGACGCUUCCAAUGGGGACCGCACACAGUUUUUUCACAACUGUCGACAGAACUGCGAGCGAACAAACUGCUCAGCUGAUGGGCUGGAGAUCCAGGAGCAGGCUGUCAAGUUUUAUCAACAGUCAGUGUUCGACCGGCUCUUCCAGUGGAGCUGCGCGGACGAGUGUCAGUAUGGAUGCAUGUGGCGAACGGUGCUAGCCUUCUUCGAGCGCGGUUGGCCAAUUCCGCAGUUCUACGGCAAGUGGCCCUUUCUUCGCCUGCUGGGCAUGCAGGAGCCGGCCUCGGUUAUCUUCUCCUGCCUUAAUUUUGUUGUUCACCUGCGUAUGUUGCGCAAGUUUCGUCGAGAAGUGCGUCCAGACAGUCCUUGCUAUAUGCUGACCCACAUAUUCGCAGUUACAAACCUCAACGGCUGGACCUGGUCCGCUAUCUUUCACACAAGGGACUUUCCACUGACCGAGCUGCUGGACUACGCCUUUGCCUACUCCAUCAUCUUGUGCUCACUUUACAGUAUGGUCAUGCGGAUGCUGCACCGCUACUCGCUGUUCCUGCGUGGUGUGAUUUCACUGGCCUUCCUCUCCUAUUACAUCAACUACUUUGCCUAUCUGAGCGUAGGGCGGUUUAAUUAUGCAUUCAACAUGAUGGUAAACGUGGCCACUGGAGUAAUAGCGGCAGUAGGAUGGUUCGUUUGGUGUCACUUCGUGCGUACCCGAAGGCCCUACUUUAGAAGGAUCCUGCGUUUCUAUAUUCUCAUGGCGCUGGCCAUGAGCCUUGAACUGCUUGACUUUCCGCCCAUCCUCUGGAUUCUAGAUGCUCAUGCUCUGUGGCACUUGGCAACAGUUCCUCUAGCAUCCCUCUACUAUGACUUUAUGAUAGAGGACUGUCGAACCCUGCGAAAGGAGAAGGCUGCGGCGGGCGGCUAUUCAUUCUACAAUUAGUAUUAUUUGACAUUCUGAGCCCAGAACGUACAGAAAACUGUCUGGCGGCUUUACUGACUUAUUUUUUAUAGAAUUUGUAACAAAGUGAAAACAAAUGUUUAGCAUUUUAUUGAAAGUCAAAACGAAAGUCGCCUUUGACAGUAGGAAAACUAAUAGCUUCGUUUAAAAAGACAUAAUAGAGACUUUAUUACAACAUU